AUGGUGUUGGGUUUUUGUGUCGGUCCUUUACUUUGGGCUCCUCUCUCCGAACAGAUCGGAAGAAGGCCUGUUUAUUUCAUAUCAUUUGGUAUCUACGUUAUAUUCAAUAUUCCUUGUGCGGUUGCUAAGAACAUUGGUACCUUAUUAGUAUGUAGGUUUAUUUGUGGUGUUUGUGCUUCUUCUGCAUUGACCAAUGUUGGUGCAAGCUUAGUCGAUAUGCAUGAUGAAAGUUUGGGUUUGAGUAUUGCAUUUUUUUCCUUUGCUCCUUAUAGUGGUCCCGUUUUUGGAGGUUUAGUGAAUGGAUUUAUUAGUGUUGGAACUGGAAGAUACGAAAUGAUGAUCUGGGUUAACAUGGCGUUUGCUGGUGUCAUGUGGAUCAUUGUCGCUUUUAUUCCAGAAACUUAUGCUCCAACUAUUUUGAAGACGAGAGCUAAAAGAUUGAGAAAAGAAACCGGUAAUCCUAACAUUAUGACUGAACAAGAGGCACAUCCAAUGACUAUCAUGCAAACAAUUAAUGAAUGUCUUGUUAGACCUUUGAAAUUUGUGGUUCAGGAGCCAGUCCUUGAUUUAGUUUGUGGUUUCGUGGCUUUAAUUUACUCACUUCUUUAUGCAUUUUUCUUUGCUUAUCCAGUCAUCUUUAGUGAGUUGUAUGGUUACAAAGAUAACAUUAUAGGUUUAAUGUUCAUUCCGAUCUUGAUCGGAGCAGGUUUGUCAGUUUUAACUACCCCAAUUUUAGAGAAAAAAUAUCUCGCAGUAACAAAGAAGAGAGCACCAGAGCCUGAGGAUAGAUUGAUUGGUGCAAUGCUUGGUGCUCCGUUCCCUUGCAUGUCAUUAUUCCUUUUGGGUGCAACUUCGUGGAAGCAUGUUAUCUGGGUUGGGCCUGCUUCAUCGGGUAUUUUAUUCGGCUACGGUAUGGUUUUAAUUUAUUAUUCUUUGAAUAAUUAUAUCAUUGAGACAUAUGCUAAAUAUGCCGCAUCUGCAUUAGCAACGAAGGUCUUCCUUAGAAGUGCCGGUGGUGCUGCUUUUCCACUUUUCACUACCCAAAUGUACCACAAAUUGGGACUCCAAUGGGCCAGUUGGUUGUUAGCAUUUAUUUCUUUGGCUAUGGUUGCUAUUCCAUUUACUUUCUACAAGUAUGGUAAGGGACUUAGAGCUAAAAUGUGCAAAGAAGAUUACACCAUACACAGAUAUUGA